CUUGUAUACUGCGUCAGCUUUGUAACCUGUACCACUGAUAUAUAAGCAUGAAAUUAUGCCGUGACCAGGCAUGCUUGAAACUAAAAAACCUAGAUCUACAAUUGUCAUGGUGCGACACUACAAACGCAAAAGCGAGAGGGCAACCCUUCCACAGGAUGUAAUCCAACAGGCUAUUCAACAGGUCCGAGCUCGUGUCAUCUCCUUGCGGGAAGCUUCGAGGACAUUUGGCAUCCCUUUAAAACCUCUGUCUCGCUACUGCACCAAGGCCGCUGAAGCAAACAACAACGAUCACAGUCUUAGUGGAUACAAAAAGCCACGGCAAGUUCUCACCGACGAGUUCGAGAAUCAGUCAGAGGCUUAUGUUUUGGCUGCCACAGAAAUUUACUAUAGGCUUGCUCCAAAGGAUGUGCGGAAAUUGACUUUUCAGUUGUCAAAGGCACAUGGAUGUGAUAUCCCUCCAACCUGGCAUGAGACAGAAAUGGCAGGUGAAGACUGGUUCUCUGGAUAUCUUCAACGACACAAGAAUUUAUUUAUAAGAAGUCCACAGGCAACAAGCUUGGCACGGGAAACAAGUUUCAACAAGACAAAUGUUGCUAUGUUUUUCAACCAACUUGCUGAGGUGAUUCUUCGGUAUAAGUUUGAUCCAUUCAAUAUCUACAACAUGGAUGAAACUGACAUAACAACUGUGCAGCGCCCCGAUAGAAUUAUUGCCAGAAAAGGAACAAAGCAAGUGGGGAAAAUGAUAAGUGUGGAAAGGGGACCUCUGGUCACAUUGGAAAGCUGUGUAAAUUCCGCUGGAAACAGCAUACCACUGCAUUUUGUUUUUCCCCGGAAGAACUUUAGGCCACAUUCCCUGAACAAUGGACCAUCAGGCAGCGAUGGAGGUGCUAAUCCAUCUGGUUGGAUGUGUGAGGAGCAGUUUGUGAAAUUCCUUCAACACUUUGUGAGGAAUGUGAAAUGUUCAAAGCAGUCACCGUGCCUUCUCUUGCUGGACAAUCACGAUUCCCACCUUAGUAUCGAGGGGCUGACUUAUGCUUCAGACAAUGGCACCACCAUGCUUUCUUUCCCAUCACUGCACACACAGGUUACAGCCAUUGGACAAAGCGGUCUAUAG